UUUCAGUUACAGAGGAGGGGGUAUAGCUUCUUCCUCACGUCAACAGGGAAGAAUAAAAUUCGAAAAAAUCAACGUGAAUAACAAUUUCGAUCAAGUGUGUGCGAUUUCCAAGCAACUGUUGGAUUUCAUCGCCUCAUCUCACUAAUUCGUACCAUUCAUCAGAAAGACAUUCCCAAUCCCAGUUUAGUGUUCAAUCAAAUCUUCGUGAAGGGUUCUAUCUAGCUAGUAUUAUGGCUGACACGAAAGCAAAGGAAGCUAAAAUCUCGGUAAAAGUAAUUAUAGACAAAGUGAAUAGGAGAGUGGUGUACGCUGAAGCUGACCACACUUUUGUUGACAUUCUAUUCAGCUUCAUGACACUACCAUUGGGAACAAUUGCCAGAAUAUUGGGGAAACACAAUGACCAAAAGUUUGAGGCUCUUGGGAACUUGAAAAAUCUGUACCAGAGCCUGGAGAAUUUUCCUGAGUGUUACCUAUCGACCGAAGAAUGCAAACAUAUGCUUCUUAACCCCAGAAGUCUGUCAUAUGAUCAUUGUAGAAAUCUUAAACUGCAAAUAGACGAUACAGAGCCCUUAAUAUACUUUCAAUGUGCUGCAUGUGCAGGCUAUUCCUGUCAAUCAAUGUAUAGCACUUGUACAAAAGCGAAAUGCGGAAAUUGUGGCAAGUUGAUGAAUCAGGAAGUUCCAUACCAGAAACCCAAAGUGUGUGUUGGUAGUGGUAGUGUAUUCGUUUCUGAAAGGGCAACGUUUAUUGUAACCGAUGAUCUUUGUGUGAUGCCUUAUACUUCUGCAAACAGCAUUCGGUUGCUGACUGGUCUUGGAAUUACCGAUAAGAGCUGCUUAGAGGAUCUUAUGUUAGAUAUGGGCCGUGAACAGAUUGUUAAUCUUUUAAAGGUGGCCCUAUCACUCGAUGCUGUGUUCACUUAUUUAGUUUUCAACAGAGUUGUUCCUGGCCAAAGCAGUAUACUUCAUCAAACCGAUAUGAAGAAAGAGGAAUCAGCAACUCCAAAGAUGCGUCUGGAAGUAUCUUUGCAAAAGUCAACUGGAAAGCUCUUAUUUGUAGAAGCCGAAGAAGAUUUUGUUGACUUUCUUUUCAGUGUUUUAUCAAUUCCUUUAGGAACGGUAAUUGGGGAACUGCUUAAAGGGGCUUCUUCUGUAACUUGCAUUGAUAAUAUUUUCAAAAGCGUUUCAAAUAUGAGUGUAGGAAGAAGACACCUUAAGUCGCAUGAUAUCAAGGAUAUGUUACUUAAACCUCAUAUUGGUCAACAGUAUUCUUCAAGACACCAGUUUUUUCCAUUGUCAUGCACCCCGUUAUGUUGGAGGGAUUGUUUUCAUAAAGAUCCAAGGAUAGACAACGGACUCCUAAAACAAUCUGGACUGUUUAUUGUGACAGACGACUUGAUUGUAACCCCAUCCUCGUCAUAUUCAACUCUGAAUACUCUAAACGAUUUGAAAGUCCCAUUUGAUGAUAUUGAGAAAUAUGAGACUAGCAUUGGAUUAAUAGAGGGCUUAAGAAUGCUGAAAGCAUCGCUAAGAUCUCGCUCCACAUUGACUGAUAGCCUCAACCUUGAUAUACUCAUAAAGUGAAAAUGGAAAUUUAAAGUGUUUUAGUUAAAAUUCGUUCUUGGUUUUUGCAUAAUAUUCUCACGUUAAAACUUGGCUGUCGAAUGUACUUCAAGCAUAUUUAUCGACAUUGGUUUGGUAUUGAAUAUAUUCUAUUAUAAUUACGUA